GCACGCGCAUGUACACAUUUACUGAUUUAGGAAGUGACGAUAGUGUUUUGCUCUUUUAUUUCCAUAGAAUAAGCAUUGAGUGGGGGAUUGAGCAAGACUCAUCUAAUUUAUAGCUAGAUCUAGGUUGUUAGUUCGACUAGUAGAUCUAUAAAUCUAAAUGUGCUUAGACCUAGUGAAGCUUAUUCUCGGUUGCGAACGGAGUUUUAGUUUUGCUAGUCACCUAGGCUAGUGUAAGGAAAUCAGAAUAAUUUCAAGUUUAACAGGUUACAGGUUUCUGAGUUUCUAACACACUGACUACACUACACAAGACAAGUAUCAAGCACAACACAGCAGUGGCAACACGGUCAUUCAAGUCAUUGUACCUGAGCUGAGUAGCACAGUUACAUACUCAAGUUACACUUAGUUGGAAGUUGAAUAGUUAUUAUAGUUGACUAAGAAAUGGGAUCAUUAUCGUGUAUUUUACUGGCUUUCACUUUGGCAUCAAUUUCUAAUGCUGUAUCAGGACAGUAUGUUACUAUUCAACCCAAUGUCCGUGGCCUAGCUGUGACACUUGGCAGUACACUCAAACUAACUUGUUAUCUAGAUGGCUCACAAGGUAGCUCCCCGAUAUGGGUAAAUUCUAGUUCUACACAGAUACAAACUUUCACUAUGAAAAAUUCAAUAUAUGGAUCUACGUUAACCAUUGAAAACUACAGCGAAAUUGGAGAAAAGAUAUUUAUUUGUUCAUCUGAUAAAUCUAAAGCUGAAAUUACAGUAAUCACAGUGGAAGAAACCAAAGAGGGAGAUCACUUCUAUUAUGGCAAUAAAACAGCUGCCCUGACUUGUGCUAUUUCUGGCCUUGAAAUCAGUCCCAAAGAUUGGCUUUUUAAAAACAGAAGCCUGUCUGGUGACAAGAAAUUUAAAAUGGAGAAUUCCACAAUCAUAAUUGACAAACCAAACCGUGAUGAUGCUGGACCUUAUACUGCAGUGUAUGAGAUUAAAAGUUCUCAAGGGACAUUUGAACACCAGUGUGUUGUGGAGUAUACAGCUGGGCCACUAGUUAUGGACAUGGCUCGCUCACGUAACCUUGAGCAAGGUGACGACUUAAAAUUAUCCUGUGAGGUCAAAGGUUACCCCCAAGCUGUAAUCAUUUGGCAGAGGGAUAAGAUGAACAUCACUAGGAACGGAACAAUCUUCAGUGAAUACAUGGGCUAUAAAGAUGGACAAAUUGAAAUAAAAAAUGUCCAGUUUGAUGAUGCCGGAAAUUACACCUGCACCGCUUACUCUGAGAGGUUUGGAAACUCAUCAACGAAGAACAUCAUUGUUAGGGUCAAAGAUCCUAUAGCUUGGGUGUGGCCAUUGGUUGGCAUCCUAGUUGAGGUUGCACUUCUGGCCAUCAUCAUCAUUGUAGUCAAAUUGUGUGAGAGGAGAAACAAAGACAGUUUAUCAGAGCCCCCCAGGGAGAAGAAUGAGUAAGACCAUUCAAUAACAAGAUCCAAGGGAAAUCAUCUUUUCUAACGUUGCGAUAAUUUACCAUAGGACUUUUUCUUGGAAAUUCUUUUAUAUUUUUUGCCUCAGAAUAUAAAAAAUUUAAGAGUUUUCUAAUUGUCCAGUUUUGCUAACCCCAAAUGUAGAUAAAUUAUAUUUCUUUAAUCAAAAUGUUAUAUUUGCCUUAAAAAAUAUUUUAUUACUAACUCUGAAAUAAUUCACUAUUUUUAUUUAAGUAACAGAAAAAAACUACUUAAACGUACCUCCCAUACUGUUUCAAGGGGAAAAUUAACACUGACAAAUUCAACUAAACAUGUUAGCUAAUCAUGUCAUCAAUACCUUUGACCAAUUUAUUUUCCUGUAACUAAGAAACUAGGGCACUCAAUUAAAUUUUUUGUUAAAGUUUUAAAUUGUGAUGUACACCAGUAUAAAGAAUGGUAACCCCAACCCUAGACUAAGUCAUUACUGUUUCUUUAUUUUCAAAUAAAGUAAAAACAAUUUCUGUCGUCACUUUUUUACCCUUGAUCCCCUUAUUAUACCUGUUUAUGGCUGAAAUGUCCAUCCAUUUAUGUAUUAAUUACAAUAUUUAACGAUUCAUCCAGAAAUAAGGUAACGAAAUUUAAAAAAAUGUGACUUUGAAGACUUUGUGAGACUUUGUGUAUACUGUGUGAGACCAACUCUGUGUUUGUGUGCAAUGGUAUGUUGAGCUUAACCUUAUGACUAAAAGGUGCUCUAAUUGAUGUGUCCCCCCAGUGCUGUGAUCUUUUUCAUUCCUUGCAGCACUCAUGAUACCCUCAGCUACAGCACCUCCAACCCAUUACCCUUCUCAGUCAUGAAUAUUAAAAAACUAAACAAUUACAAUCUCCCAUUAAUUGGCACCACUCGUUUUGUGUAAUAAUUUAUUUAUGUACCGGUACUGCAAACAUUUUUAAAAAAUCAUAUACACUUUGUAGUUAUAUGUAUAUCCAUUUUUUGUAAAGAACUGUUUGAAUCUAUAUAAUAGACUAGCUGAUGUGGUUGAAAAAAUUUGUGUUAUUUCUUGCAAAUUAAAAAUAUUUUUUUUUUAAGAUUGUAUAUACAUACUUGUGAAAGAGAAAAUUCUGUGAAUUUUUCACAAUGCAACAUAUUUCUGACUAAAUUAGGACUUAAUUAAAAAUAAAAUAAUGCUACUGAAAUUGUUCCUUGCCAAUAUAUGCCCUGUACCAUGGCUAUAACUAUUUGUAUCUGAAGGAUGCUAGUAGCUCAAAAUUAGGCCAGUGUUACAUUUACUGCUAUUUCUAUGCCUACUAGGGUGUUGUGAAACAAUUUGCUUCAGUUGAAUUAUAACUAAUUUUAUUUCUUUCUAUUCUAAACAUUUUUUAUUUACCAACCAUUUCAAGUAAUUAGUACUAAAAUUUAAGAAACUUGCAAUCAUUAUCUAUUAGACAGUUUAAACAGUUUUUCAAAUGUAUACUUGAUCAUUUAUCAGCAAUUAGAUUUCUAUUUUUUUUUUAUCACUGAUUCCUAAUUGAAUGUAGCAUAUCAUAUUUAUGUAAUGUCAAUGGACCUGAGCAUCAUAAUCGUAAAUGUCCCAUUUUUUGUAUAUUUUUUUUUUUUUUGGUUAUUCUUCUUAGUUCUACUGUACAAUUAUUUUACUUUUGUACAUCCCAUUUCUUAUAGGUGUAGUAGCAUUUUCUUUUUUGUCCACUCAUAUUUUGUUUUUAUUUGUACACAUAUAAUAAAUUAAAUCUCCAUUGGUGUAACAUUUUAAUUUGUAAAUAGUUUUUUUUUUUGUACAUUUAUUUCUUACGUGUGGUGUACCAGAAAAGAAUGAUGUUCUUACUGUCUUUCUGUGAGUCACCUGAAUGAGGUUUUAAUUACGAAAUAAAAAGUCAUUGAAAAAAAAAUUGUAGAUGAGACUUUCUGUAGUAAAUAAUUUAGCUGACUGAAACGAUACAUAUAAUACUGAUCUUCCAUCGGUUGAAGCAAUUUUUUUCUCAAAUUCAGAAACAAGCAAUAUCUAUAAAUAAAAGAAAAAGAUUUAUCUGAGUUUGUUAUUGUAUGGGAUUUAAUGGUGUUUUGAUUUUUUUAAUUUCUUUUCCAUGGAGGCCUUUUCUUUGCUGUAUUAAUUUGUACUGGCAAUGUAAAUUAUAUACAUUUAUUCAUGUGACUGUGCAAAAAAGAAAUUUUGGUUUAUAGACCAUUGAAUUAUUUUAUAAUUAUUAAUGUAAAUUAUUUUGAAGUCUGAAACAUUACGUUCAAACAUUUUAAUGUUAUUUAGUUUCUUGCUUAAACUGUUUAUUAUUCAGGUGCAUUAAGUCACAUUAUGGUGUUAUCCAAAGCCUGAUGACAUUUGUUUACAACUCUGGUGAAUUUAUUCUUGAGUACUGACAUUUAUUUACUCAGUAUUUAAACUGUGGUCUGUGUUUCAUGUUUUUAGCUCAAUCAUUACAAUCUUCUUUCACUUUGCACAAGUUGAUGUUUAGAUAAGCAGGCUUAAAAAAAAAAAAAAGAAACAUAUAAUCACUUUGUCAAGUACUGGGGAAAACAACAUUUUAGAGUGUGUAUAUUUACCACUGCUUUUCUAACAUUGGACCUUUGCGAAUACACAGUCCUGCUCAGCCUAACAGAAACACUUGUAGCAAUAUUGAAAUCUACUUAGAUAAACAUCAGUAAUAUAUUUGGAAUACCAGUAUAUGUUUAGUACUUACUACUUAAAAGUAAUUGCCUUUUUUAAUUAAAAGUUUUUUGUUUCAAUUAACAUGACCCAGUUUCUAUUUGCUUAAGAAGUCUCAGUCGCAAGAAUCCCCCCCCCCCCCCUAUCCAUUUUAAUGGAUAUAAUGUUCUGUUGAGAAUGGUAUUUUGAAAUGGUCACAUUAAUAAUAUGAAUGGUUAGUACAGAGAGAACUGGAUGAUCAGCUGAGACAGUAAGAAAAACAAUGCCUGAGUGAUAGUGCCCUAAAUUGCACUACUGUGUUGUGCUAAUUGUGAAUUAUUUUACUUUAAAGCUUCUUAAGUAUUUCUGUGCUAAUUAAUAGUUACACUGUGUGUAAUACCAAUUAUUGUUUUGUAGUGCUUAAUGGAUAAAAGACUGUCCUUAGUUCUUAGAAUAUAUGCUAUAUAAGCUAGAAAUGGAUAUUUGAAAAAAAAAAAAAAAAAAAAAAAAAAAAAAAGCACAAUUCUGCUAAUUUUUGUGUUAAAAUCAGUCAAGUAAAACGCCUUAAUCCAAGUAUUUUAUUUUUCUUUUAAUAGCUAAAUUUUAACAAAAAUUCUAAUUUUUUUAAAGCUUUUGUUUAUUAUUACUUAGUUUAAUGUUGCUAACAUAUAUAUUAUGUAUUGAUUCCUGUUUGAUUUAUGAACAAAUUUAAAACUUUUUUGAUAUUUCCAUUCAUCAACAAAUCAGUAUGCCUUCUUUCUAUGCAGCAUUAUUUCUCUGUUGUUGUGCCUUGCUUAUAAGUCAUUAUAUUAUAUACAGUAUAUAAAGCCAGACUGUCACUUUACAUGAUAUAUAGAGAGAGUACAACCCUAUGACUAGGGUUAUUCUAUUCUCACAUAAAUAUUACAAAUGGUUACUACAACAAUAGUUCUACUGGUUUCAAAAAGGUUAACAGUUGUUUUAUGCUAAACAAUAAGAAUGAUUGAAAGUCUACAUGUGGGCACAGUCUUGAUUAUUGAUAUUAUUUCUCAGUCUGAUGUUCACUCAACAAAGAUCAUUACAUGUAUCUAUAUUGUCAAAAUGCACUUGAUGUCAACUAAGAAUCAAACAUUUUUUAAUUCUUGUCUGUCGUCUCUUUAGCACAUCAAUCCACAAUUAAGAUUCAAUUGUUUUUAAAACUAUCUUCGCAAAAACAAUUUGUAAUAAUCAAAAAGUAGAAAAGUUUUUUCAUCUGUCAAAGUAUUAUUUUAAAAUAUUUCUCCAAUAUAUUCUAGAUAUUAUUUAUAAGAAGAUUAAGUUCACUUUGUGACCUGACAUGGGAAUUUAAUUAAAGUCGCUAGAAAGCAUUUUGCUAAUUGGUAUUGUUUUUUUUUUUAAUCUCCUAGUUCAUAGUCUGUUAUGAAGUCAUUUUUAGUGAACAUUGUGUCACCUAGCUAUGCUUGUGUGGACUAAAAACCAGACCCAAUGCUAAGACAUUUCACAGGCUCAGUCUUGAAGGAAAACCUGCAUGCAUUUGUUUUUGUUUGGUAAAUAAAUAAAGUUUGGACAUUUUUUUUACAUUUCGAAUUGUACAAGCUUAAUACUGUAUCCAUAUGUCAGUGCAAGUGGGCUUGAUUGGUAAAUGCAUUUUUAAAAAUGUUCUUUUAAGUUCAUUCUCCAAUUAAUAAAAGGUUAAGUGUCUGAUAAUUACACUAUCCCUCUCUCUCUCUCUCUAUAUAUAUAUAUAUUAUAGUUUUUUCAGUGUUUUGUAUGAUCCAAAUUGGCCAAAUACUUUUUAUAUCUGUAUUUUAUAUAAUUCUUAUGGUAAGCUACCGAAACAAAACCACAUGUGAUGAACAUAAAAUUUAAGAAUAGUUUCUACAUUUUUCUUUUCCUUUUUAAAUAUUUUGUAAUAAAAUUUCUUGGACAUUUUGUAACACUUUGAGUACAAUUAGUUUAUAAUUUUUUUAAUUGAAAAAAUUUUGCUAACAGUAUCUUUUUUAAGUGUUUUGUUAAACCAUGCUACAUAUGAAUUGUAUGUAUUUCUUAAACACAUAAAUAUAUAUAUUGGAAUAAAACUUUUAUCCUCCAUUUAAA